AUGUCUGGAGGUGCAGCUGGCCAAACUUUUCCUCAAGAGCGGCCCUUGUCCUGGAAGCCUCCUCAAGCCCCGGCGGAGGAGGAGCCCCGCUUCCCGCCGCACUUUGAGCUGACGCCUCCUGAGGUGCCCGACGCCGUCCUGGUGGUUUGCCAGGAAAACUCCAUCCGGGUGGAGGCCAAGCGCUUUCUGCUGGGUACGGUCGGGAAUGCCGACGUCACCCUGGGGGGGUGUCCCGCCACCGGGGAAGACUCUGGGAACCGGGUUCUGAUCUUUGAGUCGGAGCUGCACGGGUGCGGCAGCCAGCUGUUGAUGUCCGAGGACGCCUUGGUUUACAUCUUCACGCUGCAGUACACGGCUUCUCCUCUAGGAGACACGCCCAUCGUCCGCACCGGAGACGUCACGGUCGGCAUCCAAUGUCAAUAUCAGAGGAAGCACGACGUGAGUAGUGGCCUUUUGCAUCCCACCUGGAGCCCUUUGAGUGAUUCCAAAGUGGAAAGCCUCUACUUCUCCUUUCGACUGAUGACCGACGACUGGCAGACGGGCCGUCCGUCUUCCGAGUUCCUGCUGGGCGACAUGAUGAAGUUUGAGGUCUGGGUCAAGCAGUUCCAGCAGGCCUCCCCCCUCAGGGUGACGGUGGACAGCUGCGUCGCGACCGUGGUCAGGAACGUGGACACGGUGCCUCGCUACGCCUUCCUGGCCAACAACGGGUGCCUGUUUGACAGUCAGGUGACGGGCUCCCGCUUCCUUCCGCGCUGGCGGGACGACCGGUUGCGAUUUGAGGUGGAGGCGUUCAAGUUCCAGCAGGAUGACAGCGGCACGAUCUACAUCAGCUGCAACCUGAAGGCGAUGGCUGCGACAGCGGCGGUGGACUCUGCCAACAAGGCCUGCUCCUUCACCAACGGGUGAGUUGCUGCCGCCCGUCAUUCACCUCGGAUGCUGCAUUCUGGACUGAAGGGAAUUCCGAGAUAAAGCACUUUGCGGUGAGGAAAUUCUCAUAUCGGUUCACUUCCCGACUUUUUGGAUGGAGCGUGUGCGUUGAUGUGGUUCAGGUGGAUCGAGGCGAGUGGGGUCCAUCAGGCAUGUUCCUGCUGUGACACAGAUUGCGGGACAGGAAGUUGGCGGCGUGCAA